UCUCAAAGCAAGCUCGGCGGCGGGGACGACGGCGGCGGCGGCGGCGGAGAAGCUCGAGCGAUCCCGAAGGCCCUGUUAUCCUUCUAAUCGGAUUGCCAUCAUCACGAAACCCUAAACCUUGUUGUGAAACCAAAUCGUGGGGAAAACCCUCGAAUCGAUCUCGUUCGACUGUUCCAAGUCCUCGUUUCGGCCUCGUCCCGUUGAUUUUCUGCCCGAUCUUUGAGAAUGGAGACGAUCACCAUGGUGGCGAAGUAUAAGACCUCGGUCAAGGAGCCUGGGAUCCCGGGUGUUCUAAAGAUGAUGGAGGAUAGAUUUGUUUUUGCUCCAAAUGAUCCUCGGCUGUCAAUGAAUCUAAAUGUUGAUUUUAGGCAAAUUAAAGGUCACAAGUUCAGCAAAGAUGGCUCCAAACAAGCAUUGUUAAAUCUUACACAAGAUCCUGAAAAGGGUGGGGGCUAUAUUUUUGAGUUCAACAAUUUUCCUGAUCGCAAUGCUUGCCGUGAUUUUGUGGGAAAAGUACUGGGAAGGUUUCAGUCUGCUGAAAAACCACCAGCCUCGCGGCAGGCUGAACAACUCAGCACCAAAGAGCUGGAGCGGCGUAUGAAGUUGCUGACAGAAGACAGUGAACUGCAGAACUUGCACAAACAAUUAGUUGCCAGUGGCAUAUUGAUGGACUCAGAAUUUUGGGCAGCAAGGAAGAGUUUACUCGACAAUGAUAACUACGGAGCGCCAAAGCAGCGGGCAGGAUUCAAAAGUGCUAUGCUGGCAGAUGUUAAACCAUUGGCUGAUGGUCGGACCAAUAAAGUUACAUUCAGCUUGACUGCCGAGACUAUUCAUCAAAUUUUUGCUGAAAAGCCUGCUGUGCACCGAGCAUUUCUCACUUAUGUUCCCACCAAGAUGUCAGAAAAAGAUUUCUGGACCAAAUAUUGUAGAGCUGAAUAUCUUCACAAGACAAAAAAUUCAGUGGCUGCUGCAGCAGAAGCGGCUGAAGAUGAAGAGCUUGCUAUAUUUCUUAAACAUGAUGACAUAUUGGCAGAUGAAAUCCGCCGCAAGAUCCAACGAGUGGAUCCGACCCUUGACAUGGAAGCUGAUUUGGGGGAUGACUACAUGCAUCGUCCUGAUCAUGGAAUUCUUCGUGAUGGAAGCAAGGAGACUGUUGAAGGCGAUAAUGAGUUUUCAAGGAGGACCCUGUCUCAGGAUCUUAAUAGGCAUGGGUCUGUUGUUCUUGAAGGAAGGACAUUAGAUGUUGAGUUGGGAGACACAAGAACAGUGGCUGAAGCACUUGCAAGGUCCAAACAGGGGUUGUCUACUGAAAAUUCUGAUGAGAAUGUGCACAUGGAAAAGUCAGAGAGGGUUUGUCGUAUGACUGAAAUCGAGGAUCUUCAAGCACCUCGAAGUUUUCCAGUUGCACCACUCUGCAUAAAGGAUCCGCGCGAAUAUUUUGAUUCUCAACAAGCCAAUGCAUUGAAGACUUUGGGUGACAAUGGUACUGGAAUGAAACCCAUGGACUGUAACUUGAGUGCUGAAGAGGCCUGGAUUUAUUUGAUCGGGCAGAUUUCUCAGGUGAAAGUGAGAGGGUUCAAUCAUCCGAUAGUCCAAUCUGAAGCAGCUCUUAAGGUUCUUAAUGGGUUGAAUCAAAACCUAUCAAGUACCAAGUACCAGUUUGGAAAGAACUCUCAGGAGAGUGUCCUCGAUAGGUUACCUCGCAAAAUCAAAGAUGACCUUUUGAAUCACUGGUCUACCAUUCAAGAGCUACUUCGACAUUUCUGGUCAUCGUAUCCAAUCACCGCAGAACAUCUAAGUAAAAAGGUCGGACGUUUGAAGGAUGCUAUGACCGAGAUUUAUGUCAAGUUACAGGAGAUAAAAGAGUCUGUGCAGGGAGACUUCCGACAUCAGGUCUCUCUCCUUGUCCAACCCAUGGUUCAGGCACUGGAUGCAGCAUUUGCUUAUCAUGACAAUGAACAGCAAAAACGAGUAUCAAAAGGUGGGGCUAAACCAAAUGGGUUUGUGCUUUAGAUACUUAUACUUGGUUGCUUCCUUUUACUGUAUAUUUUAAAUCAAAUUUUGUUUUGCAUUAAAAAAAAAAAAGUAAAAGUUUUCAGGGUAGGGUCCAAGUUUUCUCUCUGAGAGGGCUCUCUCAUAUAAUUCAAUACAGUUUUCUCAUACUCAUGCCAUGUGUAGUGUGUUAUAUUUUCUUUGCCUUGUUAUUUAUAAAUUUUAUUACUGAA